AUGGCUCCUUUCACACAAACCGAUCAAGUCAACCGUCUCAACACAACUGCCCAUCUGUUGCAACUCUACACAAUGGCCGAAACUCCCGCUUCCCUCGCGGCCGUCCAGGUCGAGGCCUUGGUGGUCAUGAAAAUCAUCAAGCACUGCUCCCAGACCUUCCCUACCACUGCCACCGGCGCCCUUGUCGGUAUGGAUGUCGACGGCACCCUCGAAAUCACGAAUACUUUCCCUUUCCCCGUCGUUGAGGUCCCCGCCGAAUCGCACUUUGACAACGCCGCUCCCAACCCCGCCGCCGCCGCUCCCCGGGCUAAGGCCAACGCUACCUACUCUGGCGAGAUGAUUCGCAUGCUGCGCGAGGUCAACACUGAUGCCAACAACGUCGGCUGGUACACCAGCGCCAACAUGGGCAACUUUGUGAACAUGAACGUGAUCGAGAACCAAUUCUACUACCAGAGCCAGAUGAACGAGCGCACAGUUGCCCUCGUUCACGAUGUCAGCCGCAGUGCCCAGGGCAGCCUCAGCCUCCGCGCUUUCCGCCUUUCAUCCAAGUUCAUGGCUGGUUUCAAGGAGAACAAGUUCACCUCCGAGGACUUGCAAAAGUCUAACAUGCGCCACCAAGACAUCUUCGAAGAGCUCCCCGUCAAGAUCCACAACUCGCACCUGAUCACCUCUUUCAUCCACCAGCUGCAGUGCCCUACCACAUCGGCCUCCACUGAGCUUCCUCCUUCCCUGGCCGCCCUCGAGUCCAGCCCCUUCAACAAGACCUCUCCCCUCGCCCCUAACCUCGAAAACAUGUCGCUCAGCAUCGACCCCUUCCUGGAGAAGAACUGCGACCUCCUUCUGGACAGCAUUGAGACCCACAACACCGAGGUCAACAACUACCAGUACUACCAGCGUGUGCUCGGUCGUGAGCAGCAGAAGAUCAACAACUGGAAGACGAAGCGCGCCCAGGAGAACGCUACCCGCGCCACUCUCAACCAGCCCCUCCUCCCCGAGGAUGAGUGGCAGCGUCUGUUCAAGCUCCCAGCCGAGCCCAGCCGUCUGGAGAGCAUGCUCAACACCCGCCAGGUGGACCAGUACGCCCGCCAGGUCGACAGCUUUGUCUCGUCCAGCACGGGCAAGAUGUUCGCCAUCAAGGGCAACUUGUUGCCCAACGAGGUUUCGAAAUAA